CGCCAAUUGUUCUGCACAUUGGUAUUCAAGUGGGCUGGUGGGUAUGAGAAGUUAUAUUAUAAGAGUACCCUGUGAAGUAAUUGUAUAGAUGGAUGGAUUCUAGUCUGUUCUUAAUUCGGCGGCUCUUUUUGGUAUUAUACACCAGUACGAAUAGAAACAAUCAAUAUGUCAGAAUAUGACUAUCCGACUCCCCCGCCAAUGGUGGAAGCAAUACCUUCAAAAGUCACCAAUAGGACCUCCGCCGAAACUGACCUCAGGCGUGCAGAUUUGGGAUAUUAUAUUGCCAAAUGUCAUUUCCGCAGCACCUGCAUGUCCACGAUACUUUCGAUAUUCGAUCAAGCGGCCAACCACAGCAGGCCUGAGCUCAGACAAAGGCGCAUGAAUCGAAUCUUAGUAUACGCUGGCUGUUUCAACCCCCCACAUGUGGCCCACCAAAGGUUGCUGGAACACGCACUUCAAUGUCGCGAAGAUUUAAAUAUUAUCGCCGCCAUUGUCCUUCCGUUCGAUGAUAAGAAGGUCCGAUCGAAAUAUAGGCGUAAGAAGGACAUAGGUGUGGUAUUCACAAAAUCCCAGAGGGCUAAAUUAUGGCAAGGAGAUCCUAGGCUACAUGAUUUCGUAUGGGUCUAUGAUCGAAGCAUGGAGGAAUGGUAUAUGUUUCAAGGACGCCUAAGGCGUGCUGUCGAAAGAGAUGGGUUCAGUUUGGAGUUUGUCAGCUUAUUUGGAUCAGACGGUGUGCGACACGGUAAACCGUCCGCUAGGAUGUCGUAUGGAUGUAAGCAAAUGAUUAUUAGCGACGCUGGGAGAAAAGCAAAAUUCAUAACUGAAGAAGGGGAGCUUCUACGACUCAUAAGAUGUGAUCCUUGGAUGACCGUCUCCGCAGAUAAGAGACAUGCCAUCUGGAGGGUUAUAGAUAGAAAGGCCUCCGUCGACAAUGCAUUGUCAUUUAAAGGAUCAUCGGCAAAACCAGAGUAUUAUGAUGAUCUUUUCGAAGAAACCGAGUUGGAUUUCAUUGAUAAACUGGAGGGGGUGGCCAUUUGCAAUCGAACGGAUUUCCCUGAUGAGUGGAUCUGCUUCAUUCCCGCUGGCGUCGAGGGGUCAGAAUCACAACGCGAAAUCAACUCGACACGCAUCCGACAUAUCAUCAAAACAUACCCAAUUAAACAACUUCAUAAAAGACUCGAAGGUAAAGCGCUUAGUCCGCGCAAGCUUUUCGAAUUCGUUCAAGAUAUCCGGAGUUUGCACUAGAUGGUUCCCUAGGAAUUGGUUGUUUAAAAAAUAAAAAUAAGGCGCUAUAAAUUCAGGCCUUAGGUGUCGUUAAAAUGUGGGUCACCCGUCUAUCUCGGUGCUGUCUUUAUCACAUGCAUAAGCCGUUGAUUCUUGACGAAACAAAAAACCACCAAAUUCAAGAUACGAUGCUGAUUCUUAAAUACUUAUGAGAAUUAUAAAUAUAUCUUCGUCGUUUAUAUAAUAUCAAGAGGUG